AAAAGGAAGCAGCCAGAAUUAUCAGGUCCUGUCAUACGCCCACUCUUGGCUACGUUCAGCAGUUUAUCGCACCAGGGCAGCUAUAUUUAGCCGAAUCAUUUCAAGUUCAUCUAUCAUUCCUUUUGUGUCUUUCUCCAGCCUGCUCUGUGAUUGGGCCAGAGCAUUAACUUUUUUUUCUGUCUCUUGUGGUCACUUGAGCUCACGAGAAGCACUCUGAUAAAGCACAGUCAUAUUGUGUUGAGCCAAAGCUGCCACUUCAGCUCUGAGAAGUUUCUGGGCCGCUAGGAAAUAUUGGGGAAGAACCUGAAUGAGUAAGUCAUUGGGUAAGGACGCCUUUGAUGGAAGCAAGGUGAGAGCAUGAAGCAAGGUGAGAAAACGAAGAUUAGGUUUCACUCUCACUGCUGGGAGGAAGAAAGGAAGUGGCUCAGUGUAAGAAAACACAAAAAGGUUGAAGUGUAGCAGGAUUUCUUUUUUACAUUUUGAUCCAGGGCAGGGAAUCUGUUGGGUUACCUUUCUAAUCUGAAUGGUCACAGCAGUUUACCGGGAAAGGACAUCCAGGAGAGUCCAGUCUAUUUUUUUGAAUGUGACACGUGAAAUUUUCCUCACUUGGCUCCAUUGCUUGCCAGCUGGGCUGACUUGAAAAGUCAGCAGAGUUAAACUGAUGAUAACUUUGGACAGAGCAGCAUCAUAGAGACUUAACUGAUGCCUUCAGUCAGAAGGGAGAUGACACACCUGGUCGGAGGAUGGACUUCUUGGUGAAGUGAUGCGGGAGAUGAUGCUGAGCCCUUGGUUAUCACCCCAUGUCGGAAGCUCAUCCUCUGUGCGGAUAAUAGAAAAGAGAUGGAAGAUUGGAUUGCAGCUCUGAAGACAAUACAGAACCGUGAGCAUUUUGAGUCUACGCAGUAUAGUAUGGACCAUUUCUCAGGGAUGCAUAACUGGUACGCCUGCUCACAUGCUCGGCCAACGUACUGCAAUGUGUGCCGGGAAGCAUUAUCUGGGGUCACAUCGCAUGGACUCUCAUGUGAAGUAUGCAAGUUUAAAGCUCACAAGCGGUGUGCGGUGCGGGCAACCAACAACUGCAAGUGGACGACAUUGGCAUCUAUUGGGAAGGAUAUCAUUGAAGAUGAAGAUGGGAUUUCAAUGCCACACCAGUGGCUGGAAGGAAACCUCCCCGUGAGUGCCAAAUGCACAGUGUGCGAUAAAACAUGUGGCAGUGUUCUGCGCUUACAAGAUUGGCGCUGCCUCUGGUGCAAAGCUAUGGUACACACAACAUGUAAAGAUUUGUUAUCAACUAAGUGCCCCCUGGGCCUCUGUAAAGUAUCAGUCAUCCCUCCCACAGCUCUUAACAGCAUUGAUUCAGAUGGGUUCUGGAAAGCCACUUGUCCUCCAUCCUGCACAAGCCCCUUGCUGGUCUUUGUCAACUCAAAAAGUGGAGACAACCAAGGUGUAAAAUUUCUAAGGAGAUUCAAACAGCUGCUGAAUCCAGCACAGGUCUUUGACCUCAUGAAUGGAGGACCUCACCUUGGUUUACGUUUAUUCCAGAAAUUUGACACUUUCCGGAUUCUGGUUUGCGGUGGGGAUGGAAGUGUUGGAUGGGUUCUGUCCGAAAUUGACAGCCUCAAUCUUCACAAACAGUGCCAGUUGGGGGUGCUGCCCCUGGGUACAGGAAAUGACCUUGCCCGGGUGCUAGGGUGGGGAUCUGCGUGUGAUGACGACACCCAGCUACCACAGAUCCUAGAGAAGCUGGAGAGGGCCAGUACCAAAAUGCUAGACAGAUGGAGCAUCAUGGUGUAUGAAACCAAACUCCCUCAUCAGGCAUCAACUUCCACAGUCACUGAAGAUUUCACUGAGGAUUCUGAGGUGCAGAAGAUUCUCUUCUAUGAAGACUCUGUGGCUGCUCAUUUGUCCAAAAUCUUGACUUCUGACCAACACUCUGUCGUCAUCUCCUCAGCCAAGGUGCUUUGUGAGACAGUGAAGGAUUUUGUGGCUCGAGUAGGGAAGGCCUACGAGAAAUCAACAGAAAGCUCGGAGGAGUCGGAGGUCAUGGCCAGGAAGUGCUCUGUCCUGAAGGAGAAACUGGAUUCCCUUUUGAAGACGUUAAAUGAUGAAUCUCAAGCCUCUUCAUCCCUGCCAAACCCACCUCCCACCAUUGCAGAGGAGACAGAAGAUGGUGAUGGAUCUGGCAGUGCUUGUGAUUCUUCUAGCGACCGCUCUAUUGGAUCCUCAUGCACUGCCCGUCCCCAGAUAUUCCGGCCUAGGGAGCAGCUAAUGUUGAGAGCCAACAGCCUGAAAAAAGCCAUUCGUCAGAUUAUAGAGCAUGCAGAAAAAGCUGUUGAUGAGCAGAACGCCCAGACCCAGGAGCAGGAGGGCUUCAUCCUGGCGCUUUCCACCCCUGAGGAGGGAAAGGAGCUGAGGAACGAGGAUAAAAUCUCCCUGCAGCCAUCACACAGUGGCAGCUAUGGAGCUCCCAAAGGGAGGAGCCAUCGGAAAGUGUCCAAAUCUCCUUGUGAAAGGCUAAUAAACAAAGGAAGUUUGUCGCUGGGCAGCUCUGCAUCUCUUCCUCCCCAGACAGGAAACCGGGACAACCUGCCAAUGCUCAACACAAAGAUCCUCUACCCAAAUAUUCGUGCGGGUAUGUCUGGUUCUCUGCCUGGGAGUUCGGUCAUCAGCCGACUGCUGAUCAAUGCAGAUCCCUUUCACUCUGAGCCAGAAAACCUAGAGUGUUACACGGAGAAGUGUGUCAUGAAUAAUUAUUUUGGAAUCGGAUUGGAUGCAAAGAUCUCCCUGGACUUCAACAACAAACGUGACGAGCACCCAGAGAAGUGCAGAAGCCGUACUAAAAACAUGAUGUGGUAUGGAGUGCUUGGGACCAAAGAGCUGCUACACAGAACAUACAAGAACUUGGAACAAAAGGUUUUGCUGGAGUGCGAUGGGCGUCCGAUCCCUUUGCCCAGCCUUCAGGGGAUCGCUGUGCUCAACAUUCCCAGCUACGCUGGAGGCACCAACUUCUGGGGAGGCACCAAAGAAGAUGACACAUUUACAGCCCCCUCUUUUGAUGACAAGAUCUUGGAGGUAGUAGCCGUGUUUGGCAGCAUGCAGAUGGCAGUGUCACGAGUGAUUAAUCUACAACAUCACCGGAUUGCACAGUGCCGGACAGUGAAGAUCGCAAUCCUGGGAGAGGAGGGGGUGCCUGUACAAGUGGACGGAGAAGCCUGGAUUCAGCCUCCUGGCUAUAUUUGGAUUGUUCAUAAGAACAGGGCACAGACACUAACUAGAGACAGGGCAUUUGAGAGCACCCUAAAGUCCUGGGAGGACAAACAGAAGUGUGAGUUGUCCCGGCCCGCCUCUUUCUCCCUUCACCCAGAGAUCAUGUCUGAGGAAGAGUCCACCCAGAUUAACCAAUUUUGUCAAGCGGCAGGAGCUCUGAUUCACAGCAUUCGGGAAGUAGCCCAGUCCUAUCAAGACAUGGAACAGGAACUUGCUCAUGCAGUCAAUGCCAGCUCCAAAACUAUGGACAAAGUAUACGCCAAAUCCAAAUCAGCAGAGGGUCUGAACUGCAGCCUUGUUGUAGAGAUGGUGAAUAAUGUUAAAGCCCUGCAUAGUGAAACUGAUCUCCUGCUGGCUGGCAAGAUGGCACUGCAGCUGGAUCCUCCACAGAAGGAGCAGCUCCUAGCAGCCCUCACAGACAUGGACCUUCAGCUGAGGAAAUUAGCAGACAUCCCCUGGCUAUGGCAGCUCAUGGAGCCCAGUGAUGAAGAGAACCAGAUGCUGGAUUAUUCCAAACGCAGCCGCAGUGGCAAAUUUCGACUGGUGACCAAGUUUAAAAAGGAGAAAAACAACAAGAAUAAGGAGACUCGUAGCAGCAUGGGACUGCCUGUUCACCUCUGGGGAACGGAGGAGGUUGCGGCCUGGCUUGAGCAUCUCAGUCUUUGUGAGUAUAAAGAUAUCUUCAUCCGGCAUGACGUCCGGGGCUCUGAGCUCCUGCAUCUCGAACGGAGGGACCUCAAGGAUCUGGGAGUGACCAAAGUGGGUCACAUGAAGAGGAUCUUACACGGGAUCAAGGAGCUGAGCCGGAAUACUCCUGUCAGCGAGGUUUAGCCUCUGUUUUCAGAUCUUGUGUCUACCAUUCCCCCUAACUUCUGCACAGCAUUCACCUCCCAGAGCAGCUGUACUCAGAACGGUCUGUACGGAUAAGCUAACGGAUAGCUGUUCGGAGUUCAUAUCUGCCAGUCAUGGUGCUACCAUUUUUAUAAGGGGGACAGCUGCAUCCAAUCAGAGUCACCUAAUCUGCUUAGGGGAGGUGGAGCCUCCCAGAAGAGAACUUAUCAGCCAUUGGAAGAACCCUAUCCUUAAACAUGGAAAGGCUUAGUUCUGCUGACAACACAGGACUCCUGACAAUUACAACAUAGCUACCUUUUAGUGUGUGAUUUUCAUCAUAUUGGAAUUAUUCAGGGCAAAAGAUAUAUUGGCCAGUCGUAGUCCAGGAGUGUCUGGCAGCCUUUUCGGGCCUGAGACUGUUCCCACUCGUCUGUAUGUCACAGCUGUAUCUGAUCUUGCUCAAGAGGGCAACCCUUGUCUUUCUGGCCUAUUGCAGCUGCAUUCUGGAUACAUCCUUCAGUUGCAUGUGACCUGCAAGAGAAGCUCAAAUCCUGGGCAGUCCCGCCCGUGCCAGUAAUUCUCUCUGUCUCUCUCACUUUUGCCCGGCAACAAACAAUGCACGUGGUUGCAGCCUUUUGCACCAUCCUACAGCCUCACCGGGGGCCUGUGUGUCAUUCUGCUUCACCCAAUCGCUGUGGUGCAGCCAAAUUCACAGCCAUUCUCGCUGGGUGAAAAUUCCAGCCAGCCAGUCUCAGAGGACAUUCUCUGGCUAGCCCUUGGUGAUAGAGCCAAAAUUUGACAGGCAUUUCGCAUAUUAAAUCACUCUUUCACAAUGAUGGGAGACUAUGGGCCAAUUUCAUCCCUAGUGCCAACUCGUUUGAAUUCAGAAGAAUUCUCCUGAGAGCUGUUUGGGCCCUGAGUCUGCAGUCUUGUUUUCUCUUCGGUUCAUGUCUACCUACAUAUCUCCCUGUCUAACAGAGAAUCGGGGUUUGCUUAUGCAGAGCAGGGAGCGGGCUGUGCCUGCUUGAUUCCCAUAGCAAAGCAUUGUAGGGAGGAGCAGAAGGAGGAAAUUUGGCAGCUCUGCCCCCCAUAGCUUCUCCCUCCUUACUUUGCAUUAGCAUCCUUUUCUACACUGAUUUUUUGUUUCUUAUUAGUACAAAGCCCGUUUUGCUGCAUAGGAUCCCCUUGUGCAUGGAACAAAUAAGAAUCAUGACCGGUUUUAUUUCCCAAAGCUCUCUUCCAGCUGCUUUCAUUAGCUGUGUGGACACUGAUCAAGACCUGUGUGACUAAGGGGAGCCAGGGGAGAAAAUGAAGGGUAUUGCUGCACUUUUUCAUUCUUUCUGACAAUAAGCAAGUGGCACGUGCUUUAUGGCAUCUGCAAAUGUGUGUGUUGGUAGCAGCGUGUACACAUGCAGGGGGACACCUCAGGAAGAGAACCACCAUGGGAUAAUUCUGAAGGAAGGUGCAACAAGGAAAGAGGGGAUCUCUCUCUUUUUUUUUUUUUUUUUUUUUGGCUCAGAUUGUGGAAAAAAGCCACAGUUCUUGCUGAUUCUGCUUUUUUAAGACAGCGUGUCCGUACCAUGCUUGCAUUACUUAGUUCUGUAUAGAUUACGUUUUUGCCUCAAUGGAAACGGCUCCUCUGUAUUUUUUUCUAACGAGACUGGAGGUGUGGUCCUAGCAGUUCCCCUCCUGUUCAAAGAUGCUCUUUAGAACUGUAGCUUAUCCUAGAAGGACUGACAGUCACAGGUGCAUCUGCUUUUGGCAAUGUGUCCAUUUUGCCAAGGAGUUAAACUUUAUUUCUGUCUGUGAAUCACAAAAGACAUCUUUUCACUGGGAAUUUUUCAAAUACACUCCUCCCAGUAUCAAUCUCCAUUGCAUUAACUAUGCUCCUGCUAGACUCCCGUGGGGAUGGCGAUGCACACGCUGCCUUCUUUUAAUAGAGAAUGGGCUGUUAUAUUUGUCCCGAGUGCCUUUGGAUGUGCAUCAGAUCCAUAUCUAAAGAGAGGAUGAACCACCAUGCCAUUGGGAAUAAUUCCACCUCUCUACAGCUCAGGCACUGGGCCUACAGUGGGAGCGCGGGUGUCAGUCAUCACCCCGUGAGCUAGGUCAUCAGGUUCUAGCUUAACUGUUCGGGAUUGCCCCUCUGGUAUCUGAUAAGCUUUCUGGAGGAAAGAAAAUGGCUUGGUCAACUCAGGAAAAAUAGACUGAAAAAAAUGUCACCGCUACUUUACCAAAAUCAAAACUCUCCUGCCCAGUCAAGCGAGACACCCACUCGGGAGAAGUUACAACUCCACGCGUCUCUUGUACACGUUCAGAUUGACACGUACUAUUGUCAAGGUCCUUCAGUUGAACGCUACUAUUGUCAAGGCCUCAGGUCACUUCUCCCUGAUCUCUCCACGCCCCAGCAGUGAUUUGGGAGCGGAGGAGCAGUGUUUUACGGUGGCAAACUGGUCAUGUGGUUUCUGUUACCAGCCAUGGAUUUUCAGUGCCUAGGUUACCAGGCACUGCAGUGGAAACGUAUUCCUCAGUGACAGAUUCUGCCCUCCCGCCCUGUUUGGGGCUUGCAUGCGGUUAUGGGUUAGAGUAGAAUUUGCCCACUAGCUGCUCAGGAUUGUCCCAGUCUGGGUCUUGUGGGUGAGGGGAGGGUUUUUAUUAAUAACGGGGUCUUACCUGUUUUGCUGGAGUUCCUUUACAGUGCUUAGAGUAUAAGCAUUUGACCAAGAGCAGCAUGUGCCAGCUGUUCAGUGUAGGUGAAGUGGGUUAUUUAUUGUGUUUUGUUCUAGUGGAGAUUUGUACUCUGUACCAUGAAGACUUGGUAAGUGUAUGUUUUACUAGAGAGAGCCCAUCUCUAGGAGCGAGCCUCUGCAGCCAGGAACCUCACAGACUACAGAGCCGCUUAAUCCCAGAAUUUCGUGGAACACUCCUGACUCCUAUUCAAAGCUUCUUUUGUUAUUAUGUUUGUAUUAUUUAAAGAUUCAUAUCUGAGCUGCGUGAUAAAGUGGAAGACCGUUUACACAACAUUUUUUGUAACUUCAGAAACGUGUGUACUGUAAAAAAGAAAAGUGAAAAAUAAUAUUGUUUAGAAGGCUGUCAGCAGUAAUCGCAUGUCUGUAUCGCUGCCCACCAACCAUUGUUCCUCAGGGGUGUCCGCACCAUUCUUGCGAUCCUGUCAGAAGCAUAGGGAAGCACCUGGAUCCCUGUACAGGCUUGGAAAGAAGGUUUUGUGCCUUAAGAAUGGGACCUGCUCCCCUCCUAUUUAUUAUCGUAAUUUAUACAGUGAUUGCCAUGGAAAUGCCUCUUGUAUUUAUGUACAUAGUUUGCUGUUGAUUGUUGUAAAUAAGUUGUUCUUGUAUAUAAAGCAAACCUGGUUCUGA